CCAAGAUGAGGAGAAAGCCAGCUAUGGUCCAUACUCGAUUUUGGAAUGGUACCUCUCUGGAUAGACUUAUUGACACAGGUAUCAGGACGGCGACACAACCAGCUGAAGACGACAUACCGCAUUCAUCCACAAGACUUGCGACAACGCCAUCAAACAUGAAGUUCUCUACAACAGCCGCCCUCGCCCUUGCCCUCUCUGUCACCAGCGUGCUGGGACAAGAGGUGCAAGUAUUGAAGCAAGGUUCACCCACCUGCACUGGCAACUACUUCAAGAUGUUUAACCUCAAUCGCAAGUGGAUGAUCCAUGCCAUGGUCCCCGACGUCGACGCGAUCCCUGACAUCUGCGGCGGUCUCUGGGACAACCUCAAGAAAUUCCCGAUAUGCACCCCGAACCCGGACGCCGGCUGCGAGAACAAGUGGGAGGGCAUCAUGACCUGGCGCUUUGGGACGGUGGGGAUUUGCAACGAUGGCAUGAUUCAGGCCGUGUGGUGGGAGGCUACCAGGAACAAAUUCGGCCCACUCAAGUGUACGAGCAAGAAGAGGUUGUGAACCUGGGGAAAAGUGUCUUUUUUCACACGAAACGGAAUUUUCUCUGUCACAUUUCCGAUUUUCCGUAUGGAAACAGCUCGUAACGGUAUCGUUGCGAAUAUUCGUGUUGAAGAAUGGAACCACGUACACACCUUCUUUCGUCUCGGCAAUCAAACAAAUAUCUACUUGCGUCAUCGAUAAGUACGAAGAGAAUAUUUUCGCUCUUGGGGAAUGGGAGGGUUAGAGAAAGCAGGAUAUUGCCCAGCCUUGAUCCGGAACCAUGCCAGAGCCAAUUUAUGGCUCGGGACCCUAUACAGCUUCAUUAGUCUAAACCGGUGUCAGAACCAGUCAAUCAAAGGGCCCAGUAGUGUGAUAUUCAAAAUGAGUGUUCUAUUGAUUCAUGCAGCAAUUUAGUCCAAAUGAAGAAAUCAAUGAACUUCCCUAUGUAAA